UGGCAAUUUAAGAUGGAGUUGAUGAUUGUUUCAUUUAUCUUUUAAGCUCGUUCCACUCAAAUUGUCACAUGUGAUUUGAAUAUCAACUAAUCAUUACUUAUGUGGGAGAGGAACAGUGGAUGGUAGCGAGGGCGGAGGAAGUAGUUCGGAAUCUAUUUGCUCAGUUCAUUAUAAAAAAUUAAAAAUAAAAUUUCAGACGAGGAUGGAAAAUUGAAGUAGAAAGUUGGCUAUGGCUGCUUCAACAUCUCUGCACAUUUCCAUCACGCUUCGGUGUUCCCAUAUCAACGGCUUCUCAGUGUACCAGCCCUGUAGCAGAACCAACCUCCCUUCCCCUCGUCACCGUUCUUCUUCUGUUCUCACCUUCUCUCGCAGGCGAAGCGACCACCACGGCCUUGCUGCCGCUCCCUCGAAUAAGAAGAAACAAAAGCGAAGUUUGGCUCAGAGAGACAAGACAGAUGAUGAUUUAGGUGAAGAUGCUGUUGAGACGCUUUUUCUUCAGCUUGAAAAAGAUUUGGAAAACGAUGAUCUCUCUAUGGAUGAUGUUGAUAGUGAAAUAACAGAGGAAGACCUUGCAAACCUCGAACGUGAAUUGGAAGAGGCUCUAAAAGGUGAUAACCUAUCAGGAGACGUUGAAUCAAUUUUGGAUGAGGAAAAUCAGGAAAUAAAACAUGAAGUUGAUCUGAGACUUGAAGAGGGAGAAGGAGAAGGAGAAGAAGAAGAAGAAGACGAAGAAGAGGAAGAAGAAGAAGAAGAAGACAAAGAAGAAUAUAAUGAUGAUGAUGAUGAUGAUGAUGUAGAUGCAUCAGUAAAAGGUUAUGAAGAUAAUGAAUACGAAAGCCCAGUACAAUUGAAAAACUGGCAACUCAAGAGACUGGCUUAUGCCCUAAAAAAUGGUCGACGUAAGACAAGUAUAAAAAAUCUUGCAGCUGAUCUCUGUCUCGACAGAGCUGUUGUUCUCAAAUUACUCCGGGAUCCUUCACCGCAUCUCCUAAUGCUGAGUGCUACUUUACCUGAUAAACCUAUUCCAAUAAUAUCCGAACCUCCUAGCAUCCCUCUGGAGAAAACAGAAGACUUUGCAAAGGAAGAGACUACCGAGGAAUUGCCAGUUCACGUUAUGCAACAGAACUGGUCUGCUAAAAAGAAAAUUAAGAAAAAGCAACUUGGAACUCUUGAACAAGUUUAUGGACGAUCUAAGAGACCCACUAAUCAGAAUCAGUUUUUGAGAAGCUUAUAUCCCCCAGCCUUUAAGAUCUGCUUCUAGGAGCAAUUUGGAGCAACUAGAAGUACUUGUGCAUUAUCAGCCAGACACUCCAAUAUCUACUUCUGCUUCGUGUAUCAUGCUUUUUACCCUGACAUAAUGAUACUUCCAUUUAUAACGAUUAAACAAAAAUGCAGAAUGCCAUGAUUAGCAGCAUUGUGCAUGUCACUAAUCUUCCACGCAAGAGAGUUGUGAAAUGGUUUGAAGAAAGGCGUGCGGAAGAGGGGGUUCCUGAUCGUCCUUGUCAACAGCUUCCUUACCAGCGUUCUACUCUUAACACUCCCAUCCCUUGAUGGGAGGACAAUCAGUUUUGUAUGUACCCUAGCAAAAAAAGUACUUUUCCCCUUAUACAUGUUAAUUUAAUUAUUGGAAGCAACAUUAGUCCGUUUUUAAUUAUUCCUAUUAACAUAAGGAUCUUGGUCUAAAUUAAUAAAGUUGACAGAAAACAAAUCAAAUGAGAACAUAC